AUGUUUCCCCCGUUGCACCUGUCGAAGACUGAUCUGCAGUACCCGAGGACCAAGGAUCAGCGUGGCGCUUUUAGGCCUUCGUCGCAUGGAGACGUUUUACGACAAAGGCGGAGAGAACGGCAGGCUGGCCUUGACAAGGGCGCCCCGCUUGAUUGGGCGUUAAACAUGGACAUUAUUGUUACGGAGUAUUACGAAGGAUUGGACAUUACAUUGGACGAGGGCGUCGAGCAGAAAGACAAGAGAGUCAGAGACUUGUUUGCAACGCUUCCCCGGGAGCCGCGGCGGGACCUACUCAAGAGAGGAAUACUCGAAAGUUUGCUCUUGGAUACGGAUGCGAGACAACGUACCACCUCGAAACGGCGCAAAGGGGCGUCAUGGGGCAGUCCUGGUCCAAAGGCCGCGAACACAACUGCCAAGUACCAAGCACCAAGUACAAAGGAUGAAGCACACAUUCCCGCGUUAGCCAACCACUCCACGAGAGAUCCUCUCCAAGAGAUGCUCACAAGAGGAUAUGAUCGAGGAGUUCCAGUCUCGCCAUUCCUCCGCAUACGGAAGCGUCACAGUCAUACUCCGGCGGCGUGGCAGCAUGGAAGCAGGCAUGGCAUGGCUCUUCUGCCAAGGCCAGGAUCUACAGCACCUGAAAAGCCCCCGCGGUUCAACUUGCCCGUCAAAACGGAUGGUCGUGACGGCGCUGAUGGCGCUCCUCCGACCAAGAAGCUCGAACGUUGGAGUGAUACGACGCAGCGACCCUUGCGUGCCAACUGCGAAGCCUUGGAUUUCGGCCUCCAUCAGCGCCUUCGCAUGUACUCGAACACUCCCAAGUGCGUUUCUGCUGCCGUCCCACCUCUCGGUGGUGCUGCAACCUACAACCUGCGUAUCCCAAUCCACGUUCGGCCGGCGGCCCAGCCAAGCAAGCCUCCUGACGAUAUUUUGCAUUUGCAAACUACUCCAGCAACCCUGUGA